UUCAAAGAAUAUUCUCGCCCUAGCAGGAGGCGAGUGUUCUUCGCUCCCCAUGAGCUCUUCAUCUUGAUCUCGAGGCGGGGAGCUGAAAGAUUGGAGGAAUGAAGGCGGCGAUUCCAUCGGCGAGGCUGCGCGAGCGGGAUUCGUCAAAUAAGGAGAAUGAGCCGGAUGUGCCGGCUGGGAAGAAGCGUAAGCUCGGAAUUUCAAGGGAGCCAGCAGCUAGAGCUCCGCGAGAAACCCUAUCGGCGCUCAAUGUACCCAGAGAGUCCAUCGCUUCCAUUCAGGCAAGCAGCGUUCCAGCAGUCCCAUCGACUGUCAGCUCGGGCCAAGUGGAAUGGGAAGGAGUGGCUCGUAUGGCCAGUGACGAAGUGGAGGCUUUGCUUAAUACGAAAAUGGCUGGGAAAUCUAAGUUCGACCUCAAGGGAAGGAACGAGAAAAUGAUGGAGUACAUAAAAAAUCUAAGGACGUGCAUUCGCCAGUUUUUACAAGUAGAGAGUGUCUAUGUAAUGCAGCAGGAACAGGCCCAGAAUCAGAUCAAGGAAGAGAAGCAACGGCACGAAGAAUCAGAGCAAAAGAUGUCCGCUAAGUAUGGUGAAUUGGAGGCUAAACUCGUAGAGGCUCGGCAACAAUAUGAUAGACUUGUAGGACAGUUUCAGAAGCUAGAAACUGAGAAGCAGGAACUUUCACUGGCUCACGCAAAGGAUGUGGAGGCGCUGGAAGUAGCUUCAGAAGAACGCACGAAGUUGAAUGAAGAGAUUGACAAACUUCAAAAAGAAGUCGCCCAGUGUAAUCAUCAGCUGGGAACAGCGCAGGACGUGAACAGGCGAUUGCAGGAGUAUAACACGAGUUUGCAGCUUUAUAACAGUAAACUACAAAGUGACGCGGCUUUGGCUACCGAAGAAAACGCUAAGACGCAGAAAGAGAAGGCAGCUAUUGUGGAAACCUUGGGCGCCUUGCGUGGAAAUUAUGCUGGUUUACAAACUCAACUCGAAACAGCAAAGGAUGCUUUGCAAGCUGAAACGGCCAAGAUGAAGUCAAUAAAUGACGAACUUUCUCUUUUGCGGGCGGAGCUCCUUCGUGUUUCAGAAGAAAGGGACAACUAUUACCAUCAGGUUCAGGCAUUGUCAGCUGAAAAUGCAGCAAUCAGGGAAAAAACUUCAACAUCUGCCGCUGAGAUUAUGCGCUUCACGAGCAAGGCAGAAGCGUUGGAGGAAAGCUACGACAAGCAAGCGGAGCAGAUCAGACUCCUUCAAAAACAACUCAACCGGUCGAAGGAGAUGCUAGAGGUUGCGGAAAAAUCAUUGUCUUUCGAGAGGAUUGGGAGCAGUGAAUAUAUGUCAAAAAUUGAAGCCCUUGAGAACAAACUUGCUGACGCAGAGCAGCAGCUCCGUGAGGGAGAGAUGUUGCGGCGCAAGCUUCAUAACACCAUCCAGGAGCUGAAGGGGAACAUUCGUGUAUUCUGUAGAGUAAGACCACUUUUACCCGAUGAAAACGACGAAUCAUCGACUCUGAUCAGCUAUCCAGGCGAGGAGGGAAUUGAGCUACACCAGGCUCAAGGCCAAACAUACUCGUUUUCUUUUGACAAAACUUUUGGACCCGACGUUUCUCAGAGAGACGUGUUUACUGAGAUUUCACAGCUCGUUCAAAGCGCCUUGGAUGGCUAUAAGGUUUGCAUAUUUGCGUAUGGCCAAACUGGAUCGGGCAAGACACACACUAUGAUUGGACAGCCAGAUGACAUGGACCAGAAGGGUGUGAUUCCCAGGUCUUUAGAGCAGAUCUUUCAGUGCAGCCAAGCACUUCGUUCGCAAGGAUGGAGCUUCAAAAUGCAGGCUUCACUUCUUGAGAUUUAUAAUGAAACUAUAAGAGAUCUUCUUGCGCCGUCAAAAAGCGUGGGUGGGGACACGACCCCAGCAAAGCAGCACGCAAUAAAGCACGAGCCAACUGGGAAUACCGUUGUGACCGAGCUUACUGUCGUGGAAGUUAACAGCUGGGAAGAAGUGUCAUCCCUUUUGAGGCAAGCUGCACAAAGCAGGACUGUAGGGAAAACAGCUAUGAACGACAGGUCCUCUCGAAGCCAUUGUGUAUUCACGCUGCGGAUCAUAGGAUCGAAUGAGAAUACUGAGCAACAGGUACAAGGAGUUCUCAACCUGAUCGACUUGGCUGGAAGCGAGCGCCUCUCGAAAAGCGGCUCCACCGGCGAACGCCUGAAGGAAACACAGGCCAUAAACAAGAGCUUGUCUAGCCUCGGAGACGUGAUCCUUGCGAUUGCAAACAAAGACCCUCACAUCCCAUAUAGAAACUCAAAGCUGACUUAUCUUCUCCAGCCUUGCCUUGGUGGCGACUCGAAGACGCUGAUGUUCGUGAAUAUCUCCCCCGACUCCAAAUCACUCCAUGAGUCGCUGUGCUCGCUGCGGUUUGCAGCCAAGGUGAAUGCAUGCGAGAUUGGAGUUCCCAGGAGGUACACGAGCAGCAGGCCUCAAAUUAGCUGUUGAAGCUUUUGGUAUUUUGUUGUCAAAGUUUUGCAUUGACAAGAAGAAAAAUUUAUGUGGAACCAAACAAGAAUAUAUAUGGAAACCUUUGCCACCUUUUA